AUGGUUAUGCUAAAUGAAGAAGAGUAUUGGAUUAUUAAAUCAGUUUGUACAUUCAGAGAAUUCGAUGAACCUUCACCUCCAAAUUUCGAUGGAGAAAAAUUUUUUAAAAAAUUAAGAAAAGAAAUGGCUGAAGAAAAUAAUGAAAAUUUGAUUAUUUUUAAUGAAUUUCCUUCAUCUUAUGAUGAGAUUCUUGGUGAAAAAAAUUCUCAAAAUAAAAACAAUAAAAUUAUACCACCACCCAUUGCUAGUGAAAACACAUCAAAAGUAAUUUCUGAAUUAAAGGAUAAUCUUAAUACAUCAAGUAAGAUACUUCCUUCAUUGAUUAAAAAACAAACGAAUACAAUAAAAUGUUCAUCUUCUGAAUACUCUAAUACAUCUUCAAAAAAAGUUGUAUUACCAAGUUCGUUAUACAAAAUACCAUCAGCAUUAAAUGUAAGGCAACAAAAAUUAAUUGACAUGACAACAUCUAUUACUAACAAUUUUUGUAAAAAUACAUUUCCUAUAAAUAAUCAAAAUGUUAAUACUACAACAAAUAUAAAUGGAAGAAUUUUAAAUCCAUCACUAAGAAGAUCAUAUUCAUUUGAUAGAUCAGUAAAUAGAUAUCCAUCCUUUAUUCAAUUAGAUAAUCAUAAUAAAGCAGUAAAGAUGAAUCCAAUUAAAGCUACAAAACCAUUCUUAAAUAAUGAAUCUGAUCUAUCAAGACAUAAAAGAUUUCAAAUGAAAAGAUCAGCAUCUAUAGGACCAGAUUUAAAACCAUCAUUCUUAGGUAGUAAAAUAAGAUCAACAAAUUUUAUUAAAUCAACAGCAAAUGUUGUAACAGAAAUAAAAAAUACAUAUAAAAUAUCAAACGAUAGAAUUAGAAAUGUCGUUGAAAGAUUAACAAGGCAAAAAGGACAGCCUAAAACUAACACAUAA